UUCUGCUUCACGCUUUCACCAUUUCACCCCUCACGCCUUGCUCUCUCUCUCUUCCCUCUCCAAUGGUGAACAGAAUGGCGGUAAUCCAAAAGCGAGGGAAUACAAUCAAACCAAGAAAUUAAAUUUAAAUGAGAAGAAAAAAUGCACAGAUAAUAUAAAUUGAGACACCGAAAUCAAGAACUCGUAUAAAAAGCCCACCACCACCACCGCUUCUCUCCUCUCCCACUCCUCUCCUUCUCCUUCUCCUUCUUCUUCCUCCAUUGGCAUCUCCAAGAAACCCAAGCCUUUCUACGUGCUUCGAGCUCGGCCACCGGCCGGCGGACGCGCGCGCGCCAGCCACCAUGUCCGGCGGCGCCGUCGCCUUCCUCCUGCUCGUCGCCGCCGCCGCCGUGGCCAAUGCCGCCGUCACCUACGACCACAGGUCGCUCACCAUCAAUGGCCAGCGCCGCAUCCUCAUCUCCGGCUCCAUCCACUACCCUCGCAGCACCCCCGAGAUGUGGCCGGACCUGAUCCAGAAGGCCAAGGACGGCGGCCUCGACGUGAUCCAGACCUACGUCUUCUGGAACGGCCACGAGCCAGUGCAGGGACAGUACUACUUCAGCGACAGGUACGACCUGGUGAGGUUCGUGAAGCUGGUGAAGCAGGCAGGGCUCUAUGUCAACCUCCGCAUCGGCCCCUACGUCUGCGCCGAAUGGAACUACGGUGGGUUUCCUGUCUGGCUCAAGUACGUCCCGGGCAUCAGCUUCAGGACUGACAAUGGUCCAUUCAAGGCGGCGAUGCAGACGUUCGUGGAGAAGAUCGUGUCGAUGAUGAAAUCGGAAGGGCUGUUCGAGUGGCAGGGCGGCCCGAUCAUCCUCGCCCAGGUAGAGAACGAGUACGGGCCGAUGGAGUCGGUGAUGGGCAGCGGCGCGAAGUCGUACGUCGACUGGGCGGCGAAGAUGGCCGUCGCCACCAACGCCGGCGUGCCCUGGAUCAUGUGCAAGCAGGACGACGCCCCUGACCCCGUGAUCAACACCUGCAACGGAUUCUACUGCGACGACUUCACCCCCAACUCCAAGAACAAGCCUUCCAUGUGGACAGAGGCCUGGAGCGGCUGGUUUACGGCUUUCGGUGGCACGGUGCCGCAGCGGCCAGUGGAGGAUCUGGCGUUCGCCGUGGCGAGGUUCAUCCAGAAGGGCGGCUCCUUCAUCAACUACUACAUGUACCAUGGCGGCACCAACUUUGACCGGACAGCUGGCGGCCCGUUCAUCGCGACGAGCUACGAUUAUGAUGCGCCGAUCGAUGAAUACGGUCUGCUUCGGCAGCCCAAAUGGGGUCACCUGACGAACCUUCACAAGGCCAUCAAGCAGGCCGAGACGGCGCUCGUUGCCGGCGACCCGACCGUCCAGAACAUCGGCAACUACGAGAAGGCAUACGUGUUCAGGUCGAGCAGCGGCGACUGCGCGGCGUUCCUGUCCAACUUCCACACGAGCGCGGCGGCGAGGGUGGCGUUCAACGGGCGGCGGUACGACCUCCCGGCGUGGUCCAUCAGCGUGCUGCCGGACUGCAGGACCGCCGUGUACAACACCGCGACGGUGACGGCGGCGUCGUCGCCGGCGAAGAUGAACCCGGCGGGCGGGUUCACCUGGCAGUCGUACGGCGAGGCCACCAACUCGCUGGACGAGACGGCCUUCACCAAGGACGGCCUCGUCGAGCAGCUCAGCAUGACGUGGGACAAGUCCGACUACCUGUGGUACACCACCUACGUCAACAUCGACUCCGGCGAGCAGUUCUUGAAGUCCGGCCAGUGGCCGCAGCUGACCGUCUACUCCGCCGGGCACAGCGUGCAGGUGUUCGUCAACGGGCAAUACUUCGGCAAUGCGUAUGGUGGCUACGACGGGCCGAAGCUGACGUACAGUGGGUACGUCAAGAUGUGGCAGGGCAGUAACAAGAUCUCCAUCCUCAGCUCCGCCGUCGGCCUCCCGAACGUCGGCACGCAUUAUGAGACGUGGAACAUCGGCGUGCUCGGCCCGGUGACGCUGUCCGGCCUCAACGAGGGGAAGAGAGACCUCAGCAAACAGAAAUGGACAUACCAGAUUGGCCUGAAGGGGGAGAAGCUGGGGGUGCACUCCGUCAGCGGGAGCUCCUCCGUGGAGUGGGGCGGCGCCGCCGGCAAGCAGCCGGUGACGUGGCACAGGGCCUACUUCAACGCGCCGGCCGGCGGCGCGCCGGUGGCGCUGGACCUCGGCAGCAUGGGGAAGGGCCAGGCGUGGGUGAACGGCCACCUCAUCGGCCGCUACUGGUCCUACAAGGCCUCCGGCAACUGCGGCGGCUGCAGCUACGCCGGCACCUACUCCGAGAAGAAGUGCCAGGCCAACUGCGGCGACGCCUCCCAGAGAUGGUACCAUGUCCCAAGAUCAUGGCUGAAUCCUAGCGGGAACCUGGUGGUGCUGCUGGAAGAGUUCGGCGGCGACUUGUCCGGGGUCACGUUGAUGACGAGGACGACAUGAACAGGAGGAAGAAUUGAAGUGGAGAUGAUUUGAAUUGUGGAUAAUUUAGCAGGGGGAAUUGCAGAAUUGGGGAUUUGGGAGCGAAGGAAAGUGGGGGCGUAUAGCAAUUAUCUAUACAUACGGCGUAGAUACGGAUACGGCUGGGUAUACGUACAUACGUAUACGUAUAUGAACUGGUAGAGUACUGUUAUUUAUUGAUGGCUGCCGCGCUGGCCGGCCGUACGCCGGAGCGGCUGCAGGAACUGCGGCUCCGGUCACGGCUGCCGGCGGCCGGUGUACGGUCGCCGUCGAUUAUUUAUUAUUUUACUAGUUAUUUAUUCUGAGCCGUGGAUGAUGGCUUUGAGAUCAGUGCACAGGUGCUUGGAGCCUUGGAUCGCUUUACUCUCUCUCUCUCUCCAAUUUUCUUCAGUUCUAUGAGAAAAUUUGCAACGUUGAGUUGUAAAUGGGAACAGCACUUAGAAUUAUGAAUGAUAAAUUAUUGUCACCUGAUUUAUACCAAGAGGGAAUAAUUAUUCUUUUGUACUA